GGAAGUCUGUCAUUCACCUGCAGGCUCGGUGACCUUGCUUCGCGUCCCGAACGAAGUCUGGAUUUUGAAGAUCGCCCACACGUUGAAAUUCAAAUCGUGGCUGGAGUCCGCUGCCCGUGGCGUUCGAAUGCUACAGAGGAUCUUUAGGCGUCGAGAAUCUGUUGCGCGCGGAUUCUCCGGUGGAGGAAAUUGAGGGCGUCGAGGAAAUCCGCAGGCGGGGCCUCCUCUCACAGGAAAGCUCGAGGAUGUCGGAAGGAGGGCAGGGAUUCAGCAUCGUAGAAGGAUGAAUUUUGUGAGUUUUUGAAGUCCCGAUCGGUGCUAGCGAGACUUGCAGGUGGACAUUGUGAGCUGAAGUGAUGCGUAAUCGAUCUCCAUGUCGCUGAGGUCAUGAUUUUGCAUUUUUUCUGAUUUUUCUGACAGAGAAAAUGAGAUUUCAUGGAGAUCCUUUCAAUGGUAGUGUAAACCUUGCCGGAGUGAGAUUGAGGGCGUUCGGGUCGGGAUGCGCACUUUCUCGCUGCUGCUGCCGCUAUCUGCUACUCGGUGAACUACUGGCGGUGUGAUAAUUGAUUUGUGCAGAUUACUUCGGUGGGUUUAGCAAGAAGUGGAAUCCUUCUGGCGAUCCAAGAUGAGCUUGCUCGUUAGCAUUCGGAUCCACCACAUUAGCAAUUUUGAAGUCUUAGUGGCGACACCAUUUUUUCAGUAUCCAGCAUGAGCUCCGAGGGAGCGGUGCAACCUAUACAAUGGCAUCGUCAUCACAUGGUGGAACUCCAAGUGCAAGCGACGUUCGUCGUGCACGAGCUGCACGUUUUUCCUUCUCGCCGAUUGCACAAUUCGGAUCUCCUUCAUUUUCCCUCGGCCUAGAAAAGCUUCCUCCGCCACCUAGUUUUGAUGAAUGCUGCGAGAAUGGUGUGGUGCAGAAAGUCGAUGAGAAGCAGACCUCCAAACGCAAGAGGGUGCUGUCUGACUCGUCGUCUCCAUCAUUUUCUCUCGGUCUUGAAGACAUCCCGCCACCAGCAUUUGAGGAUGGCGAGAGGAUAGAGCCCUCAAGUAGGAACAAGCAUGGACCUGGACCGGAGACCAGAGAGGCACAGAGGGUCUCUUCAUCGAAGGGUGGAGACAAAGCUCUUGCUCCACAAACAAAUGACCGGAAUUUGGGUUCAAACUCGACACGAAGGAGUGGCAGAGAGCAUUUGUUCAAUCAAGGGCGGGCAUCGAGGGGGUUUUCAGCUCCUUCGUUCUCACUGGGCUUGGAGGAACACUGUUCGCCUUCAAAACCUGAUAGCCUUCAGAGUCCUUGUGACAAGCAGGGUCUCACUCACACACGAUCGUCUGCCGACUAUAGUACAUACCCAUCAUCCAGUCUAUGCGGCGAAGCAACUCUUUCGUCAGCUUCAUUUGAUCUGCAACAAAUGUCCAUUGAGGAAAAGGCGAAGCGUUUGAAAAGCACAUCGCACCCACCUGCUUGUGACUUGUCAAAGUUUAGGACAAGACCGGAGUCUGUUCGACAAUCUCAGGUGCGCUCAAUGACAGAGCAGAAACCUUUGCAGGAUGCUACUUCUCUCCCUUCACCGUCGCUGUUAGAGAAGGAUACUGUACGAAGAUCAAAUUUUGUUCCAUUGCAGGAGACAUCACCAGAGCAAAUGCAGCGGUUUGCAGGCAACUCGCCUGCUCAAAAGCUCAUUGCCCAUGUGAAGACUGAACCAACUUCUCUCCCUUCACCGUCGCUGAUAGAGAAGGAUUCUGUACGAAGAUCAAAAUUUGUUCCUUUGCAGGAGACAUUACCAGAGCAAAUGCAGCGGUUUGCAGGCAACUCGCCUGCUCAAAAGCUCAUUGCCCAUGUGAAGACUGAACCAACUUCGCAUUUUGAUCUUCCUUGCAAACCCUGUGAUGGACAAGUUCACGGGAGAUUGUUUGAGUUAGAAAAAUCCUCACCAGGAUUUGAGAACGAAAGAUCAACGUUGCAGUUUGAAUCCUUAUCGGGGAGUAUUGAAGAUCAGAAACCUGAGCACGGGGUGACAAAAGAUGGGCCCUCGAAAUUGCGUCUCUCCGCGGUUGGGGACCUUCAUCCAGAACCGGCGAAUGAACGGCUGAUGAAGAAUAGCUGGCAAUCCGUCGAAGGUCACCAUAACUUCGAAAAGGUAGUUAAGAAGAGAAGGCUCUCCAAAGCAGUUGAAGUAGCAAAUGCGGCAACGGAGGUGAACCCGGUCCAUUUCGUGGGACUGAUUCCGAAGAAGGAACAAGUUGUAGAAAAUUUAGAUAAAUGUGGGGAGGGUGUAGUUACUUCAUCCUCCCAUAGUUUUGACAAAUUGGGAUGCUCACCACCAAUCUUUGACGGAUAUGCUCUUGUAGAUUCAUCUCAAGAAAGGGAUGAGAAGCCGAAAUUUGAUCACCUUAAAGUGAAACAGGGUCUAACUGGACAGCGUGAGUGUAGUCCGGUAACCGAGACCCCCCUAGAAGAUAUAAGCGAUAAGAAAGUGAGCGUUCCAAUCGGAUCAAGAGAGAAUGUGGUUGUAUUAGACGUUUCUACUCCUCCCUCUAGUUCUGGACGAGCCGCGAAUCGACCUUCAAAUAGUUGCCUGCCAGUGAACUUUGUCGAAGACAGCGAGGAGGAGCAGGAUUUUGUACCUAUCUCUAAGCGAGGAAGGAGAUCUGUAUCUCGUGCUCAAGUCAAGCUAGAAUCAAAUUUUCCAUGCCUUGCGGACGACUCGAGUUUGCCUUCAGUAGAUGUAUCAAGAAUUGACGACGAGAGAACGCAAGAAACACCGGUUAUAGAGCGGAAGAAAGCUUUUGUGCGAUUGAGACGUGGAUCAUCUUCAGCUGUUAAGGACUGUUUUGUCUCUGAAAACUCUCAAGUCGAUCGGCACGCAGUGUUAAAGAAAGUGAAAGCAGAGCCUGGCGAUUCCUGUAUUAACCUACAUAACCAGGCUCGUCCUUCUCUUGAUGACUCUAAGAAGGGGAUGACAGAUUGCUCUCAGCAUUCUAACGCAGAUGACUUUGACGAUAUUGAGGAUUUCUCCGAUGAUGAAAUGCUGUGUGCUGGUUCACGACCUCAAAGAAACCGUCGGUCCCUCCAGAGUUCGGUUAUUCCGAAAAAUCUUCCUUCGUCUACCUCGUCUCCUGCUGCAUUGAAGAAGACUGUUCUACGUAUUCCAGGCCUGGAUACUGAGAACAGAUCUUCGGUCGUUGCCAAGAAACUGGGCAAAACUAAAGCUGAGCCAAUCAAUUUUCUAGAUUCGAAAAAUUCCUUCCCAACUGUCGUGAAGAAAACUGGCGAUAUUAAAGCUGAGCCUAUCACACUUAGUGAUGACGACGAGCUCUGGCGAGAAAAGUCACGAUCUAGAGUUUCCUGUUCUCAAUCCAUGCAGAGAGGAUAUGGCAAAGGCAGCACAACCUCUGUGCAGAACCGGAACCUUGACUUCGAUAUACGAAGGGCAGUAUCGACGUCGAACGCGCGCGAAAGUCGUUCGAGCUCGAAAGGAAAGGCUCCUGUCAUGGAUGGGAGCGACUUAUGGAAAUCCUACACUGGAAACUUCUCACCUGAUGAAAUGGAAGGCCUCUCGGACCGGUUGGCCUCUGCAAGUAGGUCGGAGGACGGCAUAAUUGCUGAUAUGCUUCGUGAAAGGUUACCACAUUUCAAACCCGUGGAAGCGCUUUCAGUGAACGGUGGUCUUGAUCUAGAGCCUGUCUAUAUCGACUAUAGGAACCAGUUUGGGCACUCUCAAGGUAUGGACAGCACUGAUUUUGCCCAGCUCGACUGUAGUCAGCCGCAGUCACGAAGGAAGCAAAAGCGGUCUUCCUCGAAAGGCACCAAAAACAGAAAAGCGAAUGGUUCUUUUACAACUUCUUCUCAGAGGACUACAGUCAGCAAACCUUCAUCAAAAGGGAAGAGAAAAGCCUGGACUCUAUUUCGAGAAAAUACCAGGAGGGCCUCUACAUCGGCGUCAGCAUCUGCCAGUGGGAAUGGAUACUGGAUUGUAGAGAACAAGAAACGAGUUUAUGUAAAAGAUGGGCGGACAUUGACGGGGAGAAGUGCCUACUCAGCUUACAAGAAGGACACUGGCAAGAAAUCGAGGAAGACGAAGAAGCAGUCCAAGCCUUAGAUUGUAUGACAAAUGCGCUCUUGCCAUCACGAGGAUCGAGUGCUAGUUGUUAUUCUGAAACUGUUUAUUGCCACAAAGUGGGAAUAGGUAGUGUACAUAUUUUCGAGAUAUUCUUUAAACUGCUCACAUUGGGUAGUUCGCGUCAAAAUCCUUGUAAUUGAAUGGAUUCGUUGUAUACAUCAUACUCUAGUCUCGUGGUGACCCAAUUUAAAGCGGUUCUCACGACUUCAGCAACUGACGGGAGUGAUUUUUAGUCCUGACCUCGAUGCGAUAUGCAAUCAAUAGUAAUCUGCUAGGAAGCUGGCAUUAAUUUGGAGUGAAGAUUUGUAAUCGGACAUCAGUGGACUAGACUACGGGAUAUCUGAUGUGCAUUUAUCCUUCUCUUCUCAUGCUUUGAAAAAUAUAAAUCGUGAUAGGUUUUGAAGAAAACCUCACGAUUUAUAAUUAUAUGCCGUUGGAAGCAUCAGAUGAGAAGGCUUUGCUUUAACUUCUCAAUUGCCAACUCUUGUCACCUCAUGUACGCUGG